AUGAAGCGCUUGCUGAACGCCAUGCGCCAGGUCUCCGACCCGGCAGAGCCGCAGGCAGACGUGAUGGAGGAGGAGAGGGACCCGCAAGGCAAGGAGGAGCCCAAGGAGGUCGAUGGCAACACGUGGCGCGUCGAGGCGCUGCAGGAAGUGGAUCCCUACCAGCACGGCGCGUACGCGUGCGCCGCCACCACCGCCUGCCAGCCCGCCGGCGCCGCCCGCCGCCUCCUGGGCAGCCUGGUGGGUGCGCGCGGCGGCGGCGGCGCCCCGCAGGCGGCGGCCAAGUGCGGCGCCAUGCCGCCGGCGCCGCCCAGGAUGAUGCCGGCACCCUGCGCGGCGCCCUGCGCCGCCAUGGCCCCUGGCGGCGCGGCCUUUGCCGCAGAGGGCUGCGCCAUCGGAUUCAAGACCGGCGGCGCCCAGGAUGCCGCCAACUUUCGGGAGAACAUUGCCGCGGGGCACCUCCCUCUCCCCAGCGACGUCACUUACGAGGGCCUGAUCAAAGACUAUUAUUUCGACACCUCCCCCACGCCCCCAGACGGCUGGGUGGAUGCCGGCGGCGAGGCGCCGCCGCCACCUCGCCCCACCGAGCUCUUCGCCCCCACCUACUCCCUGGCCCUCGCACCAGACCCGCUACUGGUGGCCGCCGCCGCGGCCGACGACGACCGCCUGACCGCGGCCGGCGCCGACUCCCCGCUCCCCUCGCCCUCCCCUCGCCUCGCCGACCCUGCACCCCGGCAGGGCGCCGGGGACGGGCCGGCGGGCGAGCAUGCUCAGCAGUCCCAGCAGCAGGCGCAGCAGCAGGACCAGCAGCAGGACCAGCAGCAGGCCCAGCAGGCCCAGCAGGCACAGCAGGACGUCUUCCUGGCUGUGGGCCUCGACUCCGGCCUCACCGACUUCCGCCGCCCCCGCCUCAACCUCUGCCUGCUGCUGGAUGUGUCGGGAUCUAUGGACUGCGCCUUUGACAGGCACUACUACGAUGCCGCCACGGGGCGCCAGGCCACGCUGCAGGGAGAGGAGGCGCGGCGCACCAAGCUGGACGUCGCUAAGGAGGUGAUCAAGGGCGUGCUGGAGCGCCUGUCGCCCGACGACUGCGUCGCCAUCUCGCUCUUCUCCGACGCCGCCGCCACCCCCAAGCGCAUGGGGCGCUGGGGCGACGCCGACGCGGCAGGGAUCCAGGCGGGCAUCGACAGCCUGCGCACCGCGGGGCUGGAUGAGGGCAUGGCGCAGCUGCGACGCUGGGGUGGCUUCGUGGAUGGCGACCCGCUUGCCACAGAGAACCGGCUCAUCGUGCUGACAGACGCUGAGGCCAACUGUGGCGACGUGUCCGAGACGGGGCUGCUGGCGCGUCUCAAGGCCGCCGCCGCAGACCGGCUGUACGCCACCAUCGUGGGCGUGGGCCUGGACUUCCAGACGCAGCUGGUGGAGGGCAUCAUGCGGGUGCGAGGCGCCUCCUACUUCUCAGUCCACUCCCCGGGCGAGUUCAAGCGGCGGCUGGGCGAGGAGUUCGAUUUCAUGGUGGCGCCGCUGGUGUUCGACCUGGAGCUCAGGGUGGACCCCGCCAGCCUGGCACCAGCUCAUCAGGGCGCAGGCGGCGGCGGCGGCGUCACCGGCGCGGCUGCGGCCGGCGAGCCGGCGCCUGGCGCAGGGCCGGGGUCCCCCGGAGCCGGCUCAGGCGGGUGGAAGGUAGUGCACGUGUACGGCAGCCCGGACUCGGAGGAGCGGCGGCUGUCGGGCGGCGGCAGCAUCAUGCGGGUCAGCACGCUCUUCCCGUCCGCCAAGAGCGAGGAGGGCAUCAAGGGCGGUGUGGUGCUGCUGCGCAUGCGGCCGCCGCCGGGCACCGACGCGCGCACCGCGCCGCCGCUGCGCCUCAGCGCGCGCUACGCAGACAGGCGGCUGCUGGCGGCGGCGGCCGCCGCCGAGCGCGGCCCCGGCGGCGGCGCCGCCGCCGCCUCUUACUUCCAUUCAAGCGGCGUGCGCAAGGCGGUGGCGCUGGCGCGGCUGGUGGAUGCCCUGCAGUGCUGGCUGGUGGAUGAGUGGGCGGCUGUCAAGUCCCCCCGGCCGCCCGGCAACGACGGCUGGAAUGCGGGGGCCGGCCCGCGGCGCCUGCGCCCGGGCUGCCCGCUGCUGCCUCCCGAUGGGCUGGCGCGCAAGGAGGCUGCGGGCGAGCCGGAGCGCCCCACCAUGCCGGCGUGGAUGCAGCUGGGCCAGUGGGAGCGCCAGUCGCAGGCGCUGCGGGUGGGCCCCGAGGCCCGCGCCGCGCUGUGCCAGCUGCUGUCUUUCUUCCGGGCCGAGGUGGCGGCGCUGGGAGAUAGCGACAUGCAGCAGGAGGUGGAGCUGCUGCAGAAGCUGGUGGCCGCCUGA